AUGUUAAUUGAAGAUAUUCAUGUAAUUGAUAAUGACUGGAAUUCGUCAAUUUACCCUGUUGUUCCUGGCCAUGAAAUAAUUGGUCGAGUUGCCGAAGGAUCCGGCUCUAGCAAGCAUCCCAUAGGCUCGAUUGUCGGAGUAGGGCCGCAGGUUUAUUCUUGCGGGUCGUGCACCAACUGCCAAGCAGAUAAAGACCCUCUCUGCUCUAAACGGGUGUUUACCUAUUCUGACAAAUUUAUUGAUGGAAGCAUCACAUAUGGUGGUUAUGCCAGACAAGUCUUGGUAAACGAGGAAUAUGCUAUUGAAAUCCCCGAUGGGAUGGAUUUGUCUCGAGCAGCUCCACUAUUGUGCGCCGGUGCAACUGUGUUUUCUCCCUUACGUUGCAUUCCGAAAAAUUCUUCGGUCGGGAUUGUUGGAAUAGGUGGCCUUGGCCAUUUGGCUGUUCAAUUUAGUCGUGCAUUAGGUCAUCGUGUUUCUGCAAUAUCUCAUUCUCCUAGAAAAGAACGGGAAGCAAAGGAUUUGGGGGCUGAAUCGUUUAUUUUGAUAGAUAAAUUGGAAAAUUUUGCCCUAUCUUUCAAUUAUCUGCUUGUCACAAGUAGCCAUGGGUUGGAAUCUAUCGAUGGAUUGUUGUCAACAUUAAAAUUUGAUGGGUCUCUAACCCUUGUUGCCUUGCCUGCAAAGCAAAUCGGCUUUACUCCGUCCUUGCUAGUUUCUUUCAAUAGAAAAAUUAUGUCCUCUUUAAUUCUUGGAAAAAAAGGCAUGACCGAGAUGCUGAGCUUUGCUCAUUCGCACUCUAUUUACCCAACUAUCGAAGAAUUUGGCAUUGACAAGGUCAAUGAGGCAAUUGAAAAAGUUCGAAAGGGAACCAUAAGAUAUCGUGCAGUACUAACGGUGCACAAUUGA